AUGGCAACCACGAUUCCUGCGCCCCUCAUUGGCAAAGUCGCCAUUAUCACAGGGGCUUCUCGCGGUAUUGGUGCAGCCAUCGCCAUCGAGCUCGCUCGAAAGGGAGCUGCCGCAAUCGCCAUCACCUACAUGGGCAACCUUCCUGCCGCCGAGAACACUCUAGCCAAAAUCAGAGCAACGAGUCCCCAAACCACCUGCAUCGCUAUCAAAGCCGACUUGUUAUCCCCCACUUUCGGCGAAGACGUUGUCAAAGCUGCCCUUUCCGAUCUCAAGACACCCCACCUCGACAUUGUCAUCAACAACGCCGCGAUAUCCGACAUGAGAUACCAGGAACCCUUCGAGGAGAUGACCUACGAAGGUUUCGAGAGAAUGAUGCGAGGCAACGGCUGGGGGACCAUCCAGCUAAUCCGCGCCGCACUUCCACACAUCCGUCCCGGCGGUCGCAUCAUCAACAUAUCCUCCACAUCCUCCAAGCGACCAAACCUCGACCCAGUGAUGGCAUACGGCAUGUCGAAAGCUGCUCUUGACAGUAUCACGCGCAGCCUAGCGGUCAAGUACGCUGCAGAAAAGAAGAUCACGAUCAACAGCGUUAGCCCUGGCCCCACUGAGACUGAUCUGCUGGCGCAGACGCUCAAGGGGGAUGAGAAGCUCGCUGCGAGCGUGGCGCAGGGCUCGACUGCGGAGAAAAGAACUGGAACGCCGGAAGACGUGGCGGGAAUUGUAGGCUUUCUAGCAAGCGACGAGGCGAGGUGGGUCAAUGGAAAUCACGUGCCAGCUAGUGGAGGCAGGGCAGGCAUUAUGGAUUCAUGA